GAAUAGAAAAGCAUAUUGUGUGUAUUCCGUGUAUUCAACUGGUUGUUAGCACAUCGGCGGGCAACAUCAGCGUUCUAGAGGUUUAUACGAAUCAUAUACAGCUGGUGCAGUCGAAAAAUCAAUAAGACUUACAAGCUUGUACGUAAGCAAAGAUAACAGCUCGACAAAUACGCAAUAUGCUGGCCCAGCCGAAAGCUUUUAGCAUGCUGCUUAGCUGCUUCUUCUUGAUAAUGGGCAGACUUCAGGUGUACGCAUUUGACUCCAAGGAUAGCAUCUUUGCUGAUGUUCUCUUGACCGAGUUAUUGAAUCGCAUGGAUAAUGACAUGCAGGUGGGUUACUAUGAUGUGGACAAUGAGGCUGACUUAGGAGGGGCGGCUGCUGCUGCAGCUGGCGUCGGCAAAGAUAAUGUGGAUCUGGUGUCACGCUCCGAAUACGCUAGACUUUGUAAUGGCGGCAGCGAUUGCUUGCUGCAGUCAGCCAAUACCAAUCCCUCGUUACGCGAUCAAGAGUUUCUGCAGCACAGCUCGCUUUGGGGACAUCAGUACGUGUCCGGCGGCAUGAGUGAGAUGCCCAAUCGCUACAAUACGAUGGUAAAGACCGAUGCCAGCCUGCCAGCCUACUGUAAUCCGCCCAAUCCCUGCCCCGAGGGCUACGACAUGGAGCAGCAGGGCGGCAAUUGCAUCAGCGACUUCGAGAAUACGGCCAUCUACAGUCGCGAAUUCCAGGCUGCACAGGACUGCACUUGCGACAGCGAGCAUAUGUUCGAUUGCGCCGAUCAGGAUAACGCCGCAGGCGCAGGACCAGGCAAUAGCGAUAUGAAUUCGGCUGUGGAGAAAUUCCUGUUGCAUCAGUUUGGCAACGAAAAUGUAUUGGACAAUGCCAAUGGCGUGGUCAAGAAGGCUGGCCAUUUGUCUGGCCUACGCAUGGAUGCCAUGCCCAAUCCUUUCCUGCAGGUCGGUCCCGACGAUCGUCUACCAAUUGCUGCCAAAAAGGGCAACAUGCUUUUCCACUAAGCAGGCCUCAAGGAACCAAAUAUAUAUUUAUGCUUUUACUGUUUGGACACAUCCAUAGACGGUGUUUGUCCAUAAUAACUUAUCAUAGUUGUUUCUAAAUGUUGUCUCAUAUGCGUAUAUAGAGCUCAUGGCAGCUUCCAAGGUACCAAAUAGAAAAUUUAAUCAAAAAUAAAUUAUGGCUUGAAGCCAACUAAAAAAGACACAAUAAAAUCACUUCAUGUA